GUUGUGCAAAUACCUGUGAAUAUUUUGUUCUUUUUUUUUAAAUCUCCUCUUAAGAACGUGCGAGCACGUUUUCUCUUUGUUUAACAAACCGCUUUGGCCUCCUAUAUAUAUGCAGGAAGCGGUAAAAAGCUUGGCGCUCCCGCGGCGGCGAGACUUCGGCGAUGCAUCGCGGCGCAUCGGUCGAUGACGCCAGGGUGCUGGAGGAGGCGAGGGUGUUAUCGCCAAGACGUGAGAGAAAGGGGGCGCGAUUUUCGGGAAGCGGCCGUCGCUAAAAAUAAACGCGCCCCGCUUCCGUAUGUGUGCGCAUCCGUGUGCGCGCGCGUUAUGCAUUUAAACAUAGUUUUGGCAGGCAGAAACGUCAAACCGCCGCGGAGUGGCGGAGCGCGAGGGUCGGCUUCGCGAAUUUCGCGCGCAGGGAGAGCGAGAGACUCGUCGCGCGACCUCGCGAAUCGACGGCCGUCGCGCGCCGGAUAGGAGAGACGAUCCUCACCGGGGACUUUUCCCUCGCUCCGGAGAAGAAGCCGUUGAGAAUUUUUACUCUCGCGGGCCCCGUUCCUUCGAGCGGUCGCGACCUAUCGAAAUUCACCCGCCUCGAUAUGGGCAGACGGAUAGAGGGGGAAAUAUGAAAGGUGCACCGGCGAAGUACGACAAGGAGAAUCGGCGACCGAUGGCGGCGGCGCAACCGGUCGACGUCCAGCAGGAAGAUGUGAUGUCAGCGGGUAAUAAAAGCGCGGACGAGGUUGUGAACGAUGCGCUGUUGGAGAAGCUCCGAACUUACGCGGCUAAGCCGCAGGAGGCGGCCGACGCGCUCAGGGCGAUCGCGGCCAAGAUUCACGCGCGUGUCACCUCAUCAGAUCGGCGGAUACGCGAGCGCACGUUGGAAAAGCUCUGGCGCAAGAAUUCCGGGGCGAUGGAAUCGUUCAUUAUGACCCUGGAGAAUUGCAAGGACCACGUUGCUAACUACAGUGUCACCGGCAUAUUGCACGAAUGUAUAUCUCCUCGAGUGACCAAAGGCAAAUCCAAGGAGAGAGGGAGCAAGAAUAAAAGUGCCACAAGAACCAGUAGCCGAAUGGCGGUCAUUCAACUGAUCAACUUAGGUAUCACGCAAGUCCUAGUUAAACUUUUAAUAAAUCUGCAACACGCAGAUACUAUCACGGGCGAAGUGCUCACUCAAGACAUCCUCUGGAUUUUGGGACAGGUGGCUCAAAGGGACCAGAAGUUUGUGUCAAAAAUGAAACUGCUCAACUCCGUGAAAGUGUUCCACGCGCUGUUGAAACAGCAUUACAACAACAGCAAGACGUUAUUGCCGCUGCUGUUGAUCAUCAAAACUCUUGCUAAAAAUUCUUUUUCCUUGCAAACACUCGUAAAGGAUGGCAUCACUAAUACUUUGGAGAAAACGUUUGUCAAUAUCGGUUAUACGCCACAUUUGAAAUUAAGAACGUUACUGGACUGCUUCAAACAUUUAACGACCAAUAGACUAUGUUGUAGCAAAUUCGUUAAAGCGGGAAUGGUACACUUGCUGAUGCGAAUCUUCGAGAGAUGGGAGAGAUUCGACGGACAGAUUCGCUUAAAGAUUUGUAAUUACGCUCUGAAUACGCUUCAGCAUCUCUGCAUAAUAAAGGCUGGGAGGAAGGCUAUCAAGGCGAACAAUGGCCUACAGCUACUGUACCGGUUCUGCACGAGCUGUCCAGAGGACAAAGCCUAUGACUGCCUGCUGUCGCGUAUUUGCGGGAUAAUCAAUCAGUGUCUGGAGAAAAAAGAGUUACCGGUGCCCGAAAUGUCGCCUGCGAGAUUUGUUCUGCCCGAGGCAAACGUUAACAGAGCGAACAGUGCUGAGAGCGGCAGCGACGUUGACAGCCAGGCGAACAGUGUGGCUUCGAUCGGUAGACUGUAUAGCGAUCUUGAUUCCGGGGACGACGAAGAGAGCCACGACUCCAGAGAUACAAUGGACAAUGAGAUUCACGUGGGCGACGAGGUGGACGAGAGCAAAUUCUUCGCCGGGGUCUUUACCUCGCAGAGAUCCGAGGAGGAUCUCGCUGGGUACCACACGUUCUUCAAGGAGUUGGGAAAUCUGCGGUCACAGCUACAUAUCGUCGGAUCGUCGAACGUGAAGCUAACCGAUCUUUGCUUGGUGGAGGACGAUCAGAUAAACGCGCCGCUCACAAAGGUGGGAAAGACGAAGACCUUAGUCAAGGACUUUUCGAGAUCUAACGGUACACCGAAGAGUCAAUUGGUGAACGGCACGCACAGUUUGAAGGUCCUGGAGGACGUGUCGGCGAACGCGACGGAGCGGCACGCGUAUUGCGCCGUGGCGAGUAAAGCGAGGAGCGUUAUCAGUUUCGUCAAGGUUGCUUAUCCGGACCUGAUCGGCGGCGACGGUAUGGGGAAAGCUGAGCCGCUCAAUAUUAAGGACAGGAAGGUUUGCCGUGCGAAACUGCUGGCCUGCGUGGAACGCGGUCUCCACGCUGCCGCCACCAUCCAGGAAGUCGUUUACGACCUUGAUGCACUCGCAAGUCCCGCGCUCCGGGCAGCAUCGGGCGACGAGCGAUUGUUUGGUAACUGGGACGAGAAGAGGGUCGGCAAGCGUAAUUUCGACACGAAACGCUUGCAAUUCGAGUCCAGAUUCGAAAGCGGCAAUCUGAGGAAAGCCAUUCAGAUAGGUCCGCGAGAAUACGAUCUUAUCUUGACGCCGGACGUCAAUAGCGGCUCCAGGCAUCAGUGGUUCUAUUUUGAGGUCUCCAGCAUGGAGGCAAACGCACCAUACACGUUCAACAUAAUUAACUGCGAGAAAACAAACUCGCAGUUCAACUUUGGCAUGAAGCCGAUACUGUUUAGCGUCAUAGAGGCGCAAUGUGGCAGGCCAGGUUGGGUGAGGACCGGCGUCGACAUUUGCUACUAUCGGAAUUGUUAUCAACGCACCACCAGGGGAAAAACGUACUUUACGACAUCCUUCACGGUCACGUUUCCGCAUGCUUACGACGUUUGUUAUCUGGCGUAUCAUUUCCCGUACACAUACAGCCGGCUGAUGACCAACAUCUGGAAGUGGACGAAGACGGUCUCCGCGGCAAACGUGUACUUUCGCGCGGAGACACUCUGCGAGACUUUAAACGGCAAUGAGAAUCCUGUGCUCACCAUUACGUCACCGGAUUCGAAAACCAAUCCUAUACAUACACGAAAGAUGAUCUUCUUAACAUCCAGAGUACACCCCGGGGAGAGCAACGCCUCUUGGGUGAUGCAUGGGACAAUGGAGGCUCUCCUAAGUGACAACCAACACGCCAGCAGUUUACGUGACGAUUAUGUGUUCAAAAUAAUUCCAAUGCUAAAUAUAGAAGGAGUUGUGAACGGCUGCAAUCGGUACGGCCUGACGAACGAGGACCUGAACCGACGCUGGAGCAGCCCCAAUCGGACCUAUCAUCCGGUCAUCUAUCACACCAAGGGCCUGAUGGAGUAUUGCGCCAGGGUGCUGCAGAGACCGCCCCACGUUUUCGUCGACUACCACGGCCACUCGCGGAGGAAGAACGUGUUUCUGUUCGGCUGUUCAAGGUCGGGUUCCUGGAGCGCCGCGGACAGGGCGAAACCGGACCAGCCGGUGCAGUAUUUGAUGUUACCGCAUCUCAUGCAGAGGACCUCGCCGGCUUUCGCUUUGCAGCUCUGCUCCUUCAAGGUCGAGAGAAACAAGGAAUCCACCGCCAGAGUCGCUGUGUGGCGGCAGUUGGGCGUUUCGAGAAGUUAUACCAUGGAAAGCAGUUUUUGUGGAUGCGACCAGGGCGUACUGGCAGGAUUACAUUUCGACACAGAGCAUCUCAAAGCCAUUGGGAGAGACUUUUGUCAAGCCCUAUCUAUGAUGAAGGACGGCGGAGACGACUGGGCCAUCGGAAAAAAUCCCGUGGGAAAACACAUUUCCAUGGAAUCAGGAUGCAUGGGCAACGAUGUAUCUUCCAGUAGUGAAUCCAAUGAUUCCGAUUUCGAGACUUAGGGGAGACUGCACCUUAGUCAAGUGUUUUGACAAGAAAAUUCAUUACGAACAUUUAUCUUUCUGCACUUUCAAAUUUAAAAUUCAACACAAAAACUAUUUCCAUUCUGAAUAAAAUAGUAUAAAGUAUAGUACAAAGCGAUACUUCGCGACGAGAAAUAUUUCAAACAACAUUUAUUUAAAACUGGUAACAAACAUUUAAAGCUAUUCUCUCUAUGAAAAUACUAUCUACAUAUCGUUAAGUAUUUGUACGUAUCUUGGAAAUUAAUACUUUGCAAAUUAAGUUCCAUGGUAAAAGUGACAAUGUUCGCUGUAGAUUCAAUGGAGCACUAACUUAAGUUAGUAUGGCCGUGUAUAAUUAUUUAGCUCGGAAAUGAAAUUCGUGAAAGUCAAAAAUGUAUCACAAUAUUACCAUCUAAAGUGAUAAAGCGAUGAUAUCUAGGAAACUUUACAUUUUUUAGGAAAUUUGAAUCAUCUUUAAAAGAAAGUAGGUUCAGAUAAUACCAAAAGUAAGGGAGCUGUGUCAUUCCCUAAUAAGGUACCUCGCUCUGUACUUUGUACACAUAACGUACGAUUAUAUAAAUAUAGGAAAUAAAUGUUAAUGAAAUUCA